AUCUGAUUGAAAGUUCCCAGCUGACAGAAUGCUUGGCCAAAGCAGUUAGCAGCCUGCAAGAGGAGCUAAACCAGGAGAAACGCCAGAAGGUGUCCCUGCUUCAACACUGCCGCAGACUCAAGGAAAACAAUGCCCGACUGGAAGCUGAGGCCGAAAGCCUGCGGGGCAUUGAAACUGAGUGUAACCGGAUGAAGAGGGAACUCAGUGCUCACUUCCAUGAGGCGCUCAAACUUAAAGAUGAACUUUAUGGGCUCUCUUUGCGCUACAGCAGUGCGCUUCAAGAGAAGGACCUGGCUAUUACCCGCUGCCGGAGCAUGCAGGAAGAGCUCUACCUGAUGAAGCAAGAACUGCAGAGAGCCCAAGUGUCACCGUGCCAUCAAAGGAAAAGUCCCUCAAGAACUUCUGGGGAUACGCAGAUGCAGACAGAUGAGCUCUUAAAGCUGACAGAAGAGAACCAGCAUCUCAAGUCACUCUUGGAGCUGGAAACCUUCAGUGUGGUGCAGAAAGAUAUUCUAGAGCAAAACUUGGAUGAUGCUCUGGAGGGCAAACAGGAAUUGCUGAAUCGACUUCACUCACUGAGAGAGCAAGCAGCACUUGCUGAGAAUCAGCGAAAACAG